ACUAAAUCAGAAAUACUAUUAGGUAUUAAUAAACCUACGUAGUCCGAGCCUUUUCGCUGUCUGUCAGUGUUCGACCGGCCGGCGCCGAAGUAACAGUGUCCAGUUAAAGUGAAACAAACAAAAUGUUGUUAGCAUUAUUCCACGCAGCUGUGGUCGGGAUCGACGCAUUUUCACUCUGGUAUGACCAGAUGUACCUGGAUUUCCCGUUACCUGCAAACAAAUAUGGGGAAAUGCCGUUCAAAGGACGACUUAUGUUCCUCACGAUAUGGGGAUUGAUAAUGCAGACCGUGUACUUCAGCAUUACAUUAUUGAACGACUUGUUCGGCUCAAAUGAAAAGUCGCCGAGGAAGACUCCCUUCAUACGAAGAAUCAAGGACAUCGCUUUCGCCAUGGCUUUCACCAUAGCCGUGUACGUCUCAACUUCGUUCUGGGGUAUCUACUACUACGACAAAGAAUUGAUUUUCCCCGACCGCUUGGAAAAAGUGUUCCCGGUUUGGCUGAACCACACUAUGCAUACAUUCGUGGCUGCCUUCAUUCUUAUAGAACUUCUAGUCACAAAGCGCUCUUAUCCGACUAGGAAAGUUGGUCUGACUUGCGUGACACUUGUAGUCAUAGGCUACAUAACCUGGAUGCACGUUCUCCACGCCAGAACUGGUGCCUGGGUGUACCCUAUCUUCGAAGUACUUAACUUGCCCAUGAGAGUAGUGUUCCUGAGUUUCAGUGUUGUAUUCACAGUCACUUUUUACCUGUUAGGAGAGAAAUUAGAUAAAAUCCUUAGUCCCGCUCCUUCAAAACAAAGUCAUGAACCGAAGAAAAAGAAACGCUAAAGUAAACUUGGAUAGAUACUUUAAUUUUAAUAAAAUAUGAAUACAGCCGUUUUUUAUUUACACUAAA